UUUUUCAUUUCAUAACAAGAACCCUCGACACACUUUUAGUAGCUUAAAAGUUGUUUGCAGCUUUUUUGUUAAACCACAUCCCUUCAUUUCCCUUCUAAUCCGAGUAAUUGCCUUUAUUAACGAGUACAAACAUCAAGUAAGCAGAUGCGCCAGAACAACGUUGCCGACAGCGGAGCCAUCAAGAAGAAGAUGAACGGGUACGUUGGGUUCUCGAACUACCCGAACCAGGUGCACCGGCGGUCGAUUAAGCGCGGGUUCAACUUUACGCUGAUGGUGGUGGGCGAGUCCGGGCUGGGCAAGUCGACGCUGAUCAACACGCUGUUUGAGAGCAAGGUGUACCCCGGACGCGACGACAGCGCAGCGGUGGGGGCGGUGGAGCACCCGAACGGCGUGGAGAUCUCGUCGGUGACGGCAGACAUCCAGGAGAACGGCAUCAAGCUGAAGCUGUCGGUGGUGGACACGCCUGGGUUCGGCGACUCGAUCAACAACGAGGAGUCGUGGAAGCCGAUUGUGGAGAACGUCGAGUCGCGGUUCGACGCGUACCUGGCGCAGGAGAACCGGGUGAACCGCAGCAAGAUCGUGGACAACCGCGUGAAUGCGCUGCUGUACUUCAUCAAGCCCACGGGGCACCGGCUGCGGGCGAUUGACAUUGAGUUCAUGAAGAACCUGCACACGCGGGUCAACCUGAUUCCGGUGAUUGCCAAGUCGGACACGCUGACGCCGCGCGAGGUGGAGCAGUUCAAGGCGAAUGUGCUGGCAGACAUCAACUACCACGGGAUCCAGAUCUUCAAGCCGGUGUCGGACGAGUACGACGACCCGGAGACGAUUGCCGACAACAAGGAUAUUGCGGGCAAGAUUCCUUUUGCGGUGAUCGGCAGCGAGAGCUUUGUGGAGCGUGCAGACGGCACCAAGGUGCGCGGGCGGCAGUACCCGUGGGGCAUCAUUGAGGUGGAGAACGAGCAGCACAACGACUUUGUGCGGCUGCGGCAGAUGCUGCUGCGUACGCACAUGGAGGAGCUGCGCGACACGACCGACGUGGCGCUGUACGAGUCGUACCGCACGCAGAAGCUGCUGGCCAUGGGCCAUGUGCAGGACGCAGCAGUGUUCCGUGAGUUCAACCCGCGCGUGCAGCAGGAGGAGGAGGCGCGCGCCCACUACGCCAAGAUGCAGAAGCUGGAGGCCGAGAUGUCGGCGGUGUUCCAGCAGAAGGUGCAGGAGAAGGAGGCCAAGCUGAAGCAGUCCGAAGAGGAGCUGCACUCGCGCCACAAGGAGAUGAAGGCGGCGAUGGAGGCCCAGCGCACGGCGCUCGAGGAGCAGAAGAGGCGGGCGCAGGCGGCGAUGCCGGUCCCGGGGACUGCCGAGCCCAUGUACCAGACGCAGCCGCGCAAGGACAAGAAGAAGCUCUUUGGUGGGUUCUAGGCUGUGCUGCCUGCUGUGGUGGCUGGCUAGAACAAAAGCUUCUUCCGAGAAUUUUCAUUAGUUUUCUUUUCCCUCUCUUCCAACAACAAAACCCCAGUUUAGCCUGUUGUUUUGGUCACGGGACAGGGCAGGUUGUGGUGGGCGGUCU